ACCUCGAUUAGAAGACAAUAACAAGUGCAUGUUAUUUACAUUUAGAAAUCUACUAUCGGACGUUUUUGUGGAAUAAUACCAUUUCAGCAUCUUUUUGAAAAGUGCUGGAAAAUUUUUUUGACACUCAACCAGACAAAAAUGAGGGGAAGUCGUGCAACAGAGCUUCCAGAAGACUUCUGGAUUCCCAUCCCUCUGGACACCAACAACAUCACCUCCCUCAGCCCGUUCCUGGUUCCCCAGGAUCACUUAGGGAGCCCAGCAUUCUUUUAUUCAAUGUCUGCCUUUAUGUUUUUCCUAUUCGUGGCCGGUACCAGCAUUAAUAUCCUGACUAUUGCAUGUACUGUUCAAUACAAGAAGCUCCGGUCUCAUCUGAACUACAUCCUGGUGAACUUGGCUGUGGCAAACCUCAUCGUUGCCUCUGUGGGCUCCUUCACCUGCUUCUUCUGCUUUGCCUUCAGAUACAUGAUUGUUGGUCCACUGGGGUGCAAGAUUGAAGGAUUUUCAGCAACCCUUGGCGGUAUGGUAAGCCUGUGGUCUCUGGCUGUGGUAGCGUUGGAGAGAUGGCUUGUUGUCUGCAAGCCACUUGGGAACUUUGCCUUCAAGCCGAACCAUGCUAUAGCUUGCUGCGCAAUGACUUGGGUCUUUGGUUUGAUAGCAGCAGUUCCUCCACUGGUUGGAUGGAGUAGGUAUAUCCCAGAGGGCAUGCAGUGCUCCUGUGGACCGGACUGGUACACAUCUAACAACAAGUUCAACAAUGAGUCCUAUGUGAUGUUCCUCUUCUGCUUCUGCUUUGCUGUCCCUUUAACUACCAUUGUUUUCUGCUACUCACAGCUGCUUCUCAUGCUGAAAUCGGCAGCAAAGGCCCAAGCUGAGUCUGCCUCCACCCAGAAGGCAGAGAGGGAGGUGACCAGGAUGGUGGUCGUCAUGGUGCUGGGCUUCCUGGUGUGCUGGAUGCCUUACGCCUCUUUUGCUCUUUGGGUUAUCAACAAUCGUGGGCAACCGUUCGACCUAAGACUGGCGACAAUACCCUCCUGUCUGUCUAAAGCCUCCACUGUCUACAACCCUAUUAUCUACAUCUUCCUUAAUAAACAGUUCCGGUCAUGUCUAAAGACGAUGCUGGGGAUGAGUGGAGAUGAUGAUGAGUCCUCAGCAAGCCAGGUCACUGAAGUCUCGAAAGUCGGACCUUCUUAGGUUGUUUAAGGGUAAUUCUGAUGACUUACAUAUUGUAAAUAGCACUGAAUGGUCAAAUGAUAUAACAUUUUGAAUGAUACUUACAGAUAAAGAGUUGUAUGCAAAGAAAAAUGUAAAAAAAAAUAAAGGUUAAUUGUGUUUUGUG